UUCAGAUCUUGACAUCUCUAAGUGCUGGAUCUCCCUCCAGGUCAGUAUCCAUCAUGUUGGUCUGUAAGGUGACUGUGGGUCUGCUGGCCAUGCUGCUGGUGUGCUCUGUAAGAGCUGAAGAGGAGGCUGCUGUUCAGGACGCUUCUGCUGAGCCGUCUGUGGGAGAGCUGCUUGAGAGAGCCAACAGAAACAUCACUCCUGACUUUGAUGAGCCUGAGCUGACUGAAGGAGACAUUGCUGUUGACAGUGACAGUGAGAGGAAUGCUGAUCCCUGCACUUCUAGCGGUUGCAGGUGGCCCAAGUCCAGUGACGGCAAAGUAUAUGUGCCCUACGUCAUCGCCAACCACUACUCCUCCCGUGAGCUCCAGAUCAUCCAGCGUGGUUUGGACUCCUUCUCUUCCAUGUCCUGCAUCCGCUUCAAGCGCCGCUCCAAUGAGAGGGAUUACCUCAGCAUUGAGUCUCGCAAUGGAUGCUACUCUUACGUUGGUCGCCGUGGUAACGCCCAAACAGUGUCUUUGGCCCGCAGUGGCUGCAUCUACCACAAAACUGUCCAGCAUGAGCUGCUCCACGCCCUGGGAUUCAACCACGAACAGACCCGCAGUGACCGUGACAACCACAUCCGCGUUGUCUGGGAAAACAUUGUUGAGAACAUGAAACACAACUUCAACAAGAUCGCCACCCUGAACCAGGGAACUCCCUACGACUACAACUCUGUCAUGCAGUACCACAGAACUGCUUUCUCUAAAAAUGGCAAGCCCACCAUGGUCCCCAUUCCCAACAACAACGUGUCUUUCGGCCAGGCAACUCAGAUGAGCCAAAAUGACAUCAAUAGACUCAACACACUGUACAAAUGCUGUGAGUAUUUGACAUCACAUGACACAAUUUACUGUCUACAGUUCAAUAAGAUUUUAAUGGUGGUUUAUCAGGGAGCUCAUCGGAGCAGGACUCAAACAAAUGCUGAUGACACUGUGCAGCCUCCCAACUCUCUGUUUGGGUACACUUCACUGAGGCCAGAGCCGCCCUUUGGCUUCACAAAGCUGUCCACUCGCCUUUUAGGUGAAGCUCUUGUGAAAGCUCGCAGAUGGAGUCGUUGA